UUGGUCAGCAGAGAAAAAGGGAUCCAGCGAGUAACGGGAGCAGAGCUGGCGUGGAAAUUAAAUGAAACUGGAUAAAAACCCAGCAGAAGGGAUAAGAAAGUCACUGAAAACAGGUCUGCUUGGAUCAGAUAAUCGAUGAAGAAGCCAACCAGGAUGAGGAUCUCUGCUUAAAACGUCCCCACUUCCUCUUCCCUCUGUCUGGACGGAGAAAACCCACUUUAGUUUUUUUUCCCCCGUUCCACAGCAGAAGCAUUGAGCUGGAGUCAUGGCGAACAUGUGCCCUUAUGGCCGUUUCACCCACGCCGUGGUGAGAGGCAUCCCAGAGACCUUUGGGAAAACAGCUGGAGAGGGCCGUGAGAACGGGGAGGUCACGGUGGACCAGGCCAAAGCCCAGCGUCAGUUCGGCUGCCUGACCGGGGCGCUGAGGCAGAAGGUGGGCCUCCAGCUGAUCGAAAUCCCCCCCGACCCCGAGCUGCCGGAGAGCUGGAGGGUGGAGGACGUGGCGGUGAUCCAGGGAGACACGGCGCUCAUCACCAGGCCGUUCAAGCAGCAGAGGCGCAGCGAGGCGGACGCAGUGAGGCGGGUGAUGUCAGAGCUCAACCUGACCGUGGUUGAGAUGGGCGACGAACAAGGCGACUCUGGCGGCGCCACGCUGGAGGGCAGCGACGUCCUGUUCACAGGGAGGGAGUUCUUCGUGGGGAUUUCCUCCCACACCAACCGUAGAGGAGCCGAGGUGCUGGCAGACACCUUCAGGGACUUUGCAGUGUCCACCGUCCCGGUCUGCGGCGGUGCCAGGCUCAAGAACUUCUGCUCCAUGGGCGGACCGGACACCAUCAUCAUCAGCAAUGGCGACGGCGCCAAGAAGACCCUCAGGAUGAUGGAGCAGCUGACCGAUCACCACUACGACGUUCUCACCGUCCCGGAGGAAACUGCGGCCAACUGCAUCUACGUUAAAGGCCCGUCCAAACGGGACUUCCUGCUGCACCGGCCCGCAGAGGAGUGUCCCGACAGCGUCUGCGCCUUCCAGAAGCUGCAGGACUACACCCUGCUGCCGACGGCCUGCAGCGAAGCGUCCAAGCUGGGAGCGUCUCUGUCCUCGCUCUGCCUGCUCAUCAACAGAAAGCACACGUAUUUCUGAGGACGCCGUCACAUAAUCACGCAGCUUUUUAUCCUGGUGGCUCAUUAGUCACGGCCCACAAAGUAAAAACAGUGUUCAAUAAUAAUAAUGGUUUCAGGACAGAGAUCUGUGGAGCAGCUGCUCCCCCUGCUGAAAGUCCAGCUGCAGUCAGAUCCUGUCAUUUCAUUUUACAGUACAAAGAAAAAUGCUACUUUUCUGCAGGUUUGGCACAAGAGAGAAGAAACCCAGAUGGUUUAGUGAUUUUUUUAUACAAGUAGUGUUAUAUUUUUAAUUGAGCACAAGAUCUAAACCACUAAAGUGAAUUAUAACUGUUCAGAGAUUAAUCUACAAGUUAAUUACAUUCAUUUUAAAAGGCUUGAAAUAAUAAAGUUUAAUUUUCUAAUCACUGUCCUUUAAGGUUCACCUGUAAGAACUGAAAUAACUCAUAUUUCAUUCAUUACAAAGUGUAGUUUUAGUUUAGGGAAAUACAGCGAGCUGCUCAACGAAGGAUGUUUUAGCUUCCUAGAAUAUUCAUUUGUAGUUGUGGAAAUAAAAUCUUAACUUUCA